AUGGGAGAUCUAUGGUUGUUCCUGCUCCUGCCUCUGUGCCUGGCAGCCUUCCAUGGAGUCAAAGGCUGCCUGGAAUGUGACCCCAAAUUUAAAGAGGAUAUUAAGUCAUUGUUGGAAAAGUUGGUACCCUCAGAAGUCCCUGGCCGAACAAAACUGCUUGAAUGGCAGAUUAAAGAGAUGAUCAAUUUAAGCUUCAAGGUCUCCCACGGGAACAAGAUGCUUCGGGUAUUGGCUGUUCAAAAGGUUGUCAGUUUGAAAGCAUGGCUGAAGAAUGAACUUUAUAAAGUGGGCAAUAAAACAUGGAAAGGUGUCUUUAUUCUUCAAGGCAAGCUUCUCGAUGUCCGCCAAGACUUGGAAUCCAAACUGAAAGAAACAUUAAAGCACUUCUCUGAACUUGUUGUGACUGAAGGUCUUAUCCUGGAUUGUUGGAGCUGUGUUCGUAUCACCACCCGGUGCUUCAAAGGAGAGUAUUGUGGAGAAGAGGAUUCAAAGAAGUCUGAGAAUCGAGAAAUUGCACUACUUCUAUUAUUGAUAGCAGAAGCUGUAAUAUUAGGAACUGCUUUGUUACUAUUCCAUAUUUGUGUAACUCACCGGAAGAAAAUGAAGACAAUACGAAGGUCAUUAGAGACAUACUUGGAGAAGAAACUGGGAGAAUUAAUGGGGAUGACAGAUGAGAAGAAGGAAGAUUUUGGAAUCAGAAAAUAAAU